AUGCCAAACAACACCAGAGUAACCCAGCUGGAGAACAGCAGCGAACCGGUCACUGAGUCCGUGGCGGACCUGCUGUCUUUGGAGCAUCCUAUGGACUACAAGAGCAGUCAGAUGAGUAUGGGGCUCAGUCCGGGCUCCACUGCACCAGGAAGAGCCCUGCUGCCCUCUCCAGACCCUGACGCUGAGGACGGGAGGCCGGCCUGGAAUAAUAAACUGGAGUACAUCCUGGCACAGGUUGGCUUCUCAGUGGGCCUAGGGAAUGUCUGGAGGUUUCCAUACCUGUGCCAGAAGAAUGGUGGAGGUGCCUAUCUGGUGCCUUACUUCAUCCUCCUGCUCCUUAUCGGAAUCCCAUUGUUCUUCCUGGAGCUUGCGGUGGGUCAGAGGAUCCGACGCGGCAGUAUUGGCGUGUGGAACUACGUGUACCCCAGACUGGGAGGCAUUGGGGUUUCUAGUCUGAUGGUUUGCGGCUUCGUGGGCCUCUACUACAACGUGAUCAUUGGAUGGAGCAUCUUCUACUUUUUUCAGUCUUUCCAGUACCCGCUCCCAUGGGCCGAAUGCCCGGUCCACAUCAACGGAACCCAAGCCAUCGUGGAGCCAGAGUGCGAGAAGAGUUCAGCCACAACUUACUUUUGGUACCGUCAGACGCUGAACAUCACCAGCAGCAUCGAUGACACAGGGGGCCUUAACUGGAAGAUGACUCUCUCCCUGCUGGUAGCUUGGAUCUUGGUGUGCUUGGCUGUAAUCAAAGGCAUCCAGUCAUCUGGGAAGGUGAUGUACUUCAGCUCUCUCUUUCCAUAUGUGGUGCUCUUCUGCUUCCUGGUGAGAGGUUUGUUGCUGAGGGGCGCGGUGGAUGGCAUCGCACACAUGUUCACACCCAAGCUGGAGAAAAUGCUAGAGCCGCAGGUGUGGCGAGAAGCGGCUACACAGGUCUUCUUUGCACUGGGCCUCGGAUUCGGCGGGGUCAUCGCUUUCUCCAGCUACAACAAGCGGGACAACAACUGCCACUUUGAUGCUGCGCUUGUCUCCAUCAUCAACUUCGUCACGUCCAUCCUGGCCACGUUGGUGGUGUUUGCCGUCCUGGGCUUCAAGGCGAACAUCAUGAACGAGAAGUGUGUCGUGGAUAAUGCAGAAAAGAUCCUGGUGUACCUCAAUACCAGCAUACUGAGCAAAGAACUCAUCCCUCCUCACGUCAACUUCUCACACCUGACCACUCAAGACUACAUGGAAAUGUAUGGUGUCAUUAAGACAGUCAAGGAGGACAACUUUGCCCAGCUUGGCCUUGAUCCUUGUAUUCUUGAGGAUGAACUCAACAAGGCCGUGCAGGGUACCGGUCUGGCUUUCAUAGCCUUCACAGAAGCUAUGACGCACUUCCCGGCCAGCCCUUUCUGGUCCGUCAUGUUCUUCUUCAUGCUCAUUAACUUAGGCCUGGGAAGCAUGAUCGGCACUAUGACAGGCAUCACCACGCCCAUUCUUGAUGCAUUCAAGAUUCGCAAAGAGAUCCUAUGCGUGGUUUGCUGUAUUAUAGCCUUCCUGUUGGGUCUGCUGUUUGUGCAGCGCUCAGGGAACUACUUUGUCACCAUGUUUGAUGACUAUUCUGCGGGCUUACCACUUACGGUGGUGGUGAUACUGGAGAACAUCUCUGUGGCCUGGAUAUAUGGAACCAAAAGGUUUAUGCAGGACCUGGAGGACAUGCUGGGCUUCCGGCCAUACUCAUUCUAUUACUACAUGUGGAGGUACGUGUCACCAGCCGUACUGGUGGUACUGAUCGUGGCCACUGUCAUCGAGAUGGCCGUCAGUCCUGCAGGAUACAACGCCUGGGUGGAGGCCGAGGGCUCCGAGCGUUUCCAUAGCUACCCUCCUUGGGCUUUAGCCAUGGCAUAUUCUCUUAUUGUGGUAGCCAUGUUGCCAUUGCCUGUGGUGUUUGUGGCCCGUCACUUUAACCUGCUGUCGGACGGUUCCAACAAACUGUCUGUGUCUUAUCGAAAGGGCAUGAUUAAGGACAUGUCCAACCUGGAGGACCAGGAUGAGCAGCGCUUUAUUCUCGGCAAGAAUCCCCGCCAGGCCCCCUCCCCCGCACCCUCCCACCGUCCGUACUUGGGGCCCGGCGGCACGCAGGAGAUGACCAAUACCAACUAUGGCACCAGCACUAAAACGGGUUACCAGAAUAUCGGCUCACCGGAAUCUGAACUAUAA